UGGGGAAUUGAUUAUCAGAGAGCAAUCAGACAGGAAGCACCGGUCUAAAGUUCAGUGCUGUGAAAUACCAGCAGACUGAAAAACACAGAUACAGAGACGAAGGGAACAGGAGAACGAGGAGAGAACAAUACGGAUUAUAGGUGAAGAAGAAGAAAAUAACAAGUUCAUUCACUUGUUCACUUGAUUGGCUGAGAGCCCACGUCAGUGCUGACUCUGAGAAGAUGGACAUCCUUGAGACAGCAGCAUACGACAGGCGGCAGAGGAGAAAUACGUCCUGUGCCCUGCUCUUCUCUCUCUUGCCUUUCUUUUUGUCCACAGCUCUGUUCUUCUACCUGUGGACUCCUGACUCGCCGGCCUCCAUCGUGUCUGCAGCUGUCAAAACGGCACCCACUGCCCUCCUGGCUGCCGUCGUGCUGAGCUGGAAUGGAGGUCAGAGUGUCCUGGGUGUGGCGGGAGGCCUGCUCUUCUCUGCUGUUGGUGACUGCUGCCUGGUAUGGCCGGAGCUGUUUGUGCAUGGAAUGGGUGCAUUUGCUGUGGCUCAUCUGAUGUACUCCCUCACCUUCCUCUCCAGUCGUUAUCCGACACGUUCCUCUUCCUCCUUGACUAUUGUCCUCUUCUUGAUCCUGCUCACGAUAGGAGGAGGCUACUACAUGUACAUAUAUCCAUUCUUGCAGAAGGCACCGGACUCAGAGCUGCUCAUUCCCGGUGUGGGGGUUUAUAUUGUCCUGAUAACUCUAAUGGGAGCGUUAGCUAUUAGAACCCGCCAUGCAGCGACACUGCUGGGAAGUUUGUCUUUCAUAGUGUCUGACAUUGCACUGGCCCUGCAAGUUUUCAAGGUCACACAGCUACAGCACGGAAACACUAUUGUCAUGGGGACAUACUAUUUGGCACAGCUACUAAUUUCUGUGGGUGAUAUAAUGGCAGCAGCGGACAAGGAAGAUUUUGGAAAAUGGAAGAGGUCCUAGACAGCAUCCCUGUGGCAUCCCUAAAGUGUGAACCAUCAUCCGCACAUUUACUUAUUGGGUAAAGAGCUGAUGCUACCAUUGAAUACUUUUUAUAAAUAUAGGAAUUAUUUUUAAAUAAAGGAAAAGAGGAAGAUGAACUGAUUGAGGACAGUUUACUAUCGACAGCUCCUUGAGUCAAAAGGUUUAGAAUUGGAAACGAUAAAGCAAAAGAGCAACUGGCAACACAAGAUAAUUUGUGUUACUAAAUUGAAUUUCAAUGAUCAUACAACACAAAUGUCUGCAUGUUAACAAUAACAUGUACUCUGUGAUUUGUACCAAUAUUUUAAUCAGUGUAUUAGUGUAAGUUAUGCAUGUAUUGGCAAUUGUUCUCCACUUGUGAAGGGGCCAUUAUAUGUAGAUAAAUACUCCCAUUUGUUUUGCUAAUAAUAAAUAAAUAAAUAUGGUAUAAAAAAUACAAA